AUGUCGAAAUCCGAUACGAUCCAGGCCGACGCGCGGCGCUUCCUCGACGAGCGCGGCAGCAACGUCGGCCUCGCGCCCAACGGCCUGAACCCCGCCACCAUUAUGGAAAAGGCCGUCAAGGAUCGCAUCACGGACAGCUACUUCUACAAGGAGCAGUGCUUCGCGCUCAACGAGGCCGACAUUGUGGACCGCGUCGUCGAGCACGUGCGCUUCAUCGGCGGCACGUCGGGCAUGACGCAGAAGCCGAGCCCGUUUCUGUGCCUGGCAUUCAAGCUGCUCGAGCUGUCGCCGUCCGACGCCGUCAUCGCCGAGUACCUGGCCUACGGCGGCGAGCACUUCAAGUACCUGCGCGCGCUCGCCUGCUUCUACCUGCGCCUCACGCGCCAGGCCAAGGACGUGUACGCGACGCUGGAGCCCUUCCUCGAGGACCGCCGCAAGCUGCGCCGCAGGGGCCGCGACCGCACCACGCUGACGUACGUCGACGAGUUUGUCGACGACUUGCUCACAAAGGACCGCGUGUGCGCCACGAGCUUGUGGAAGAUGCCAAAGCGUGAGAUCCUGGAGGACUUGGAGGUGCUGGAGCCGCGCGUCAGCCCGCUAGGCGACUUGGAGGAUCUGCUCGAGGAGGAGGAUGAGCAGGAUGAGCAGGGUGAGGAGGGUGACAAGGAAAAGGAAGACGACGAGGAAGGGAGUAGAAAUGGUCGUGAGGAAUCAGGCGAAAUCUCGGAUCGUGAUGGCAUGGAUAUCGACAGGGAAGAGGGCCGCAGAAGCGACAGCAGCCGAAGUCCUUGA